AUGGAAGAAGAUCUCGAUACAUCCAAGAUCAAAAGUUGGCGAUCAAUUAUUACUCUAAUCGUUUUUGUUUUAACUAAUACCAUUGUCCUUUUCCCCUUCCACAUCCCCAUAUACCUACCACGAUGGCUCAACAACAUAUUUCUGGACUCGCUGAGCGCCAUCCGCAUAAUACCCCGACGGCAUCGGCAAUACAAGGAAAAGCAAAGCCUCUUCAUGAGGUUCCGUUUCCCGCUGAAUUUCAUUACGGCGCCAUUGAUAGCGGACCUCUUCCUUCUGGCUAUUAAAGCUAUUGGUCGACAAGAAGUACACGAUGGGACCCUCGGCGCAAACCACAUCCUGCCCAUUGAUAUCAUGGCCUUCUUCCUCACUCUGGCGUAUAUCGCAAUCUCGAUCGAUGCCUCUGGUCUAAUCAGAUGGCUAGCAUUCAAAGUACUCGAACGAGGAGGCAAAGUCGGCCACCGACUCUUUUUCUACCUGUACGCCUUCUUUUUCGGACUUGGCACAUUCAUCGGAAACGACCCGAUCAUUUUGUCUGGUACAGCCUUCCUCGCCUACAUGACCCGGGUCUCAAGCAAUAUCGUCCACCCUCGAGCCUGGAUCCAUAGCCAGUUCGCCAUAGCAAACAUCGCCUCUGCAAUCCUGGUCUCGUCAAACCCUACCAACCUCGUCCUCGCCGGCGCCUUCCAAAUCAAAUUCAUCGUCUACACAGCAAAUAUGAUCGUGCCCACAGUCGUAACAGCCAUUGUCAUAUUCCCAUUCCUGCUGUACAUCAUCUUCGCAGAUGAAUCUCUCAUCCCACUGUCAAUCAAAAUGCACGAACUUACCGAGGACGAAAAACGCAAGAAACCCGUGAACCCGAAUAUCCCCCACGCCCGAGGCAACGCCGAAGAGGAAGAGGACAUGAAUAACGAAGAAGGAAAGCAACUCUCCCUAGAAGAGAUCAUGAAUCCAUUCCUGGAUAAAAAGGGAGCAGCCUUCGGCGCCGUCAUCAUGGCAGCGGCACUUAUUACUCUCCUUGCAAUUAACGCAUCCAGUCAAACUGGAAAUGAAAAACCCGUCUUCUACGUGACAUUGCCUGCUGCCUUUGUCAUGUUCUGCUGGGAUGUCGCUUCUGGCUGGAUUCACCGCCAAGAGACACGCGAGAUUGCCGCAAAGGGCCGACGAGAUGUCGAGAAUGCACGCGCAGAACGAGAACUGCGAGAACGGGGGGAAUCGCAAUCCCCAGAGAUCCUAGGAUUCGAACAGGAUAUGUCGGGUCUGCACAGGCGCACUGCUGAGCGUACAGACGAUGAGAUCUCGUUCGGUGCUGCGAAUACAAGUUUAGCCUCGAAGACAUCGAAUUCCAACCCGGACCGCGAGAUGCCACUGUCCGUCUCGGUUCUUGUUGAUAAGGAUAAGUUUCCGGAACUGGAAGCGCCGGGUGUUUCAUCGCUUGAUAACAAGAGACUGGCUCUUGCAUCUUCACCCGAGCCAAUUGAUUCACGACAAACAAUUGACACGGUUGAUGAGGAGAAGCGCGUGUAUCGUGAUCAACAGGACGGACCGCCUACGUUGGUUUCCCUCUCUGCUGAUCUGUACCGCUGGCUUCAGGAGACUUUCCCGACUGUCACCGUUGUUGUAUCUCACAUGCCGUUCCCACUUGUUCCUUUUGCAUUUGCGAUGUUCGUUCUUGUGCAAGCUCUCGUCACAAAGGGCUGGGUACCCGUUUUCGCAUAUGGAUGGGAUCACUGGGUAAGCAAGACAGGGACCGUGGGUGCUGUUGGUGGAAUGGGAUUCCUAUCUGUGAUUCUUUGCAACUUUGCCGGAACAAACAUUGGCACAACAAUCCUCCUCUCACGCGUCAUCCAAGCCUGGCAAACGAUCCACGACAAAAGCGGCAUCCCUAUCAGCGAGCGGACCUUCUGGGCAACUGUAUAUAGCAUGGCGCUUGGGGUCAAUUUUGGCGCUUUCAGUACUGCCUUUAGUGCCUCGCUGGCUGGCUUGUUGUGGCGGGAUAUUCUACAGCGGAAACAUAUCCGCGUUGGCAGUUUGGAGUUUGCGCGUGUGAAUCUGCCUAUCAUUGCUGUUUCUAUGGCUGUUGGUUGUGCUGUCCUCAUUGGGGAGAUUUAUGUUGUUAGGGGGACUCAGCCGUAUAACUUGUAA